GACAUGCGCACCGUCGUUGUCGCUCUGAAGGAAUUUCGGAAAUCGUUGAUGUCAGAAGAUAGCAAACUUUACUUAACUCGAAGACUAAAAGGAAUUCCUGUUUGAUUCUACUCCAUUAGAACAAAAGACGACGGGGAAACACCAUGAGUAAACAACCCCAGAGUGUAGAGCUUAGUGUUGCAGACAGAUCAGCCAAUAUUGACACCAGCAAGAUGGCAGACAUGUCGGUGGAAGAAAUCACUGUGAGAGCCAACCAGUUGACUGAUGAGUCGCUGGAGAGCACCAGGCGAAUGCUGCAGCUGGCAGAAGAGAGUAAGGAGACAGGAGUUAAAACCAUGACGAUGCUGGAAGAGCAGGGAGAACAACUGCGGCGUGUGGAGCAGGGCAUGGACCAAAUCAAUGAGGACAUGAAACAGGCUGAGAAAAACUUGACUGAUCUGUCCAAGUGCUGUGGCCUAUGUGUCUGUCCCUGUGAUAGGGUGAAGUCCAUUGAGCAUGAUGGGCGGUAUAAGCGGACUUGGGGCACUGGAAGUGACAACGCGAGCACAGAGGGAGGAGAGGGAGGUGUGGUGUCCAGCCAACCAAGCAGCAUCCGCAAUGGCCAGGCUGCUCCUGUGUCGUCAUCCUCUGGUCCCUACAUCAAGAGGAUAACAAAUGAUGAUCGGGAGGUGGAGAUGGAGGAGAACCUAGACCAGGUGGGCAGCAUCAUCGGGAAUCUGAAGAACAUGGCUCUGGAUAUGGGCAACGAGAUUGACAAGCAGAACAAAACCAUUGACCGCAUUACAGACAAAGCUGACAUGAAUAAAGCACGCAUUGAUGAAGCCAACCAGCGAGCCAACAAACUUCUGAAGUGACUUUGCAGGUGUGAACGAAGAAUUUGUCACAGCCUUAUCUCUCUCUCUCUCUCUCUCUCUCUCUCUCUCUCUCUCUCUCUCUCUCUCUCACACACUCACACACACACACACACACACAUACUUACACAUUUUUAUAAAGGGCAAAGUAAUUAAGCUUUAGUGAUCAUGUUCUUCCAGUGCCACCUGUGCCUUUUUAAUAGCUUAGAUACUAUUUUGUAAAUAGAAAUGGUCACACAAACACACUGCCUCUUGUACAAUCAGGCAUUUGCCUCUAUAUGUGAUAAAUGGAUGCUGGACACACAGAGUGUAGUAGUACAAGAGGCUCUGGUCACUGCCGUCCUGUCUGUCUGUAAUGUACACUCAGAGGGAUGCUAUUUUAAUAGCUCCUUUUCCUCUUCUCUUAGUUUCUCUCCCUUGCGUAAAAGGCACCAGAGACGUGUGAAUAAUAUUUCCACGUCUUUGGGUAUUGCCCCCCUCGUACCCUGAGACCUGAGUUUAUUCUUACUCUUUCUAGACUGGUUUAUAAUAUAAUUGUUUGUUUCUUUUUUGUGUUGUCUUUACCUGUUCACUAUUGUAUUCAUAUUUAAUUAUAAAAGGGUAAUGAACUAUUAUUUGUGAAUACCGUUUUGAAUAAUAAAGUCAUGUUUAAAAUGGUUGUUUUUCUCAUCCCCUCCCUGGGCUGGUUGCAAAGAAUAAGCUGAGUGCUGAUGAGUAGAUGAGUAUGAUAUGGACUGAAUGUGUGCACUUGUAAUAUUGGGUUAAACAGAUAUUUUAUGGUAUUUUCACCAUAAAAUCAAUAGCUCUAGUAUGCAGGAAUGUGACUGUUAAAUAUCUAUUUUAUUUCUAAUAAAGCCAAUUUAAUUGCUUUACACUGA